CUGUCUUCCUCUUUCUUUCUUUCAUUCAUUCAUCGCCAGGUCAACCGCCUUGCUCUCCUUCCCCCCCUCUCACCGUCAACUCUCACUCUCACUCAUCGUCCAUUGCCUGUCAUUGAGCGGUCUUAUCCAUAGUUCCCCCAUACUUCUGCUGUCACUGGAAUCUUCACGGCAGAAAAUUGCUCUUAUUUACUUGCUAUCAAAGCUAAUCUGACACCUGUGCUCUGCAACAUACCCCCCAUUAUCAGACCUGCUGUCUUGGCAACUUCAAGUUCGGCUUUGCCUGUCUGCACAACUCGCAUCUAAUUCUGCUUUCUCGGUUGACUUGCCUGAUCCAAGAUGCAUGCAAAAUCCCUUCUUGCUUUUACUUCGCUCUUGAGCGCAGGCUUUGCUGCCGCUCAGACUGGAAGGCUUGGAGAUGCCGAUGUCACUGUUGGCAACUCUCCCGCCGUGGUGUACGAGGCCGAAUUGCUAGACAAGAACAACACCAACUUCCGUGGCACCGUCCUUGUCAGCGGUUCUAGCGACGGCGUCGGCGUCAUUUACAACGUCAAUUUUACUGGGUUCCCCCCUUUUGGAGGCCCAUUCCUCUAUCACGUCCACGACCAACCCGUUCCCGAGAACGGGGACUGCCUCGGCACUCUUGCCCAUCUUGACCCCUACGAGCGGGGUGAAAUGCCCAAGUGCGACCCUUCCAGGCCACAGACCUGUCAGGUUGGAGAUCUAAGCGGCAAGUUCGGCGAUAUCGAAGGCGUCAACGGCAGUUUUUCCUUCCAGCAGCAAUACCACGACCCCUACUCCUCCGUCACCUACGGUCUCGGCUCCUUCGUUGGAAACCGCUCUAUCGUCGUCCACUUCGCCAACACAACGCGUAUCAACUGCGGCAACUUCACCCUGAAGGAAAUCAGACCAGGUAGCCGCGGUCUCCCUUGCAACGGAAGAUUCUGCCCAAACAGUCCUUCAGGAAGCAUGUCAGUUCCUGUUCCAACUACAACUAGCCCUCCCACCUUCGAGGGUGACGCUGCCAAAGUGAGCGUAAUGUCUGCUACUGGAGUACUUGCCGCUCUCAUUGGUCUAUUGUGGUGACUUUGAUUUUUCAAUGUCAUCACUGAUCACCUUUUAGGAUCCUAUUCUUUAGCGGUGGCGUCUAGGAUAGCUUAAAUUAAUCCGUUCACAUGUGGGUGGAAAUGCCUAGUUCACUGUGACGCAAAAAUGCUCUUAUUUGCUGGGUAGCUGCUUUGACCAAUCCCUCUUUUUUUUUUACCCUUUUUCUUGUAUUCACUUUCACUAAUAAUUAAUGUCUACACCUCUUAAUGUGAAUCAAUAUGCAAAUAACAGGGGUAAAAAAGGGCUCCUCUUCAUCAAUCUUUGGCUUCCUUUUCACCGUACAUAAG